AUGAACUUUGGUUAUAUUCAUCAAGUCUGUGAUGGUCAAGUUUAUACAGAAAAACUUCAAAAAACUGUUUCAGCUAAGGCAAAAUAUGUAAGAUCUUUAGGAAUUGCAAGAAAAGCUUUGGAUUUAGCACAAAAAUUAAACUGUUAUAAUGAGUUAAAUGGAAUACUUCAAACAGCUAUGGAUAAAGAGAAUAUUAAAGAUAACCAUCAAGAAAAUGGUGAACCUAAUAUUAUUUGUUCUAAUCCGGUGACUUCAAGGGUACAUGGACGUCCUCCAAAUCGGUAUCUGAGUGAAGGAGAAACUGCAAACCAAAAUAAGAAGCGAAAAGUAACUAAUUUAGAGUUAGAGCAUACGACAGAAAAUGAAGUUAAUGGUGGUGAUGAUAAAAAACAAAGAAGAUGUAAUGGUUGUAAAGGUAUAGGUCAUGAUUUGCGCAAUUGUUAA